AUCCUUGCCUACCUCGCAACACAGCCCUCCCGUAAAACUCCUUUGGAACCGUCCGGCAGAUCUCCCCAACGGUUGCGUCUGGUCAGUUAGCAGACGCGGUUUAGCGUGAACAGCUAGUACUAGUACUACUAGUUAUCGGUCACAAUGGCGCCGAUAAGGUUGUUGCUGGCGCUUUGCUUGCUCUUGUCUGGCUGCUCCUUCGCUCAGGACAUCGUAGAGGAGAUUCAGAAGCUGGGUGAUGUCAUCGCAAAUCAGAAGACGGAGCUGAUGACGAGUUUCGAAGAGAUGAAGACUGAACUGAAAAAUGAAGUGGCGGAAAUGAUCAAUGGGGCGAAGGCAGAAUGGGAGGCUCUGAACAAUAGCACGAGGACUGACGUGGCCACACUGAAACACCUUCUGGACACAGAUGAAUGUAACGAAAUGAGCCACAACUGCAGCUCUGACGCCUCCUGCAUAGACACAAGGGUCUCUUUCAGAUGCAAAUGUAAGCCAGGUUUCACGGGAGACGGAUACACGUGCGAAGAUAUAGACGAAUGCACUGAAAGAUUCAGGUGUGGGCCACACGCGACUUGCAAGAACACCCCUGGGAAGUAUACCUGCUCUUGUGAUGCAGGUUUCCAAGGAGACGGAAAGGAUUGUGAAGAUAUAGACGAAUGUGCCCUGGGUAGUCACAAGUGCCAUAAGUAUGCAGUUUGCUCGAACACUGUCGGAAGUUACACCUGCCACUGCACUUUGUAUCACGAAGGGGAUGGCAUUAAUUGUCAUGAGGUCGACAUAGCCAGUUGCGCUUCGCCUUUCGAACCAGUCAGAGGUGUAGGAUGCAUCCACAUCAUCGAAAAGAGUCAGUCGUACGAGACUAGCCGGAGGGGCUGCCAGAAGCUAGGUGGAGAUCUCUUCGUGGCUAUCAACUCGGAGCAUUACCUUCGUCUGGCCAAACAUUUCAUCGACACCAAUCAGGCGUCCAAGAAGAAGUACAUGUGGGUGGGCGUGAAGGAGGGCGUGUGGCUGAGCGGCCGGAAGGUGGCUCCCGAGGAGGAGGCUCCAAGGAACCCCACGAUGGACAGCGGAACUUGUAGCUACACCGACGGUGACACCUCGGAGAAGUUCCUGCUCUGGACAGACCCCUGCUCGACGGAUUGGUGGGCCCUCUGCGAGAAGAAGAUUUAAAGAUUCCAGGAAAGAAAGUGGCACUUCCAGCAGCCGUCCCGAGGACGAAUAAUCGUUUGCGGUUUUGAUUCCAGCAGCAGCCAUUGGCAUGGAUAGAUCGCCAUGGCGCCAAAAAAUAAAACAAAACAAAAAACUAAAAAUAAAAAAUAAAAUAAA